UGCGGGACCCCGGGCGGCGGAGCGACUCCGGCACCCGGGCGAGCGAGGGAACCCGCGGCCGGCUGAGCCCGCUCCGGCCGCGAGAGGCGGGCUCCAGCCGCGGUUCGCGCGCUUGCUCUGAGCCCCGGCGCCCAGGUGGGAUGGAAGAAGGCUAUCAGGUGCAGACAACCAAAAGAGGUGAUCCUCAUGAGUUAAGAAACAUAUUCCUACAGUAUGCCAGUACCGAGGUCGAUGGAGAACAUUACAUGACCCCAGAAGAUUUUGUCCAGCGCUAUCUUGGACUGUAUAAUGACCCAAAUAGCAAUCCGAAGAUUAUCCAGCUUUUGGCAGGAGUAGCCGAUCAAACCAAGGAUGGGUUGAUCUCCUAUCAAGAGUUUUUGGCAUUUGAAUCUGUUUUAUGUGCUCCAGAUUCCAUGUUCAUAGUGGCUUUCCAAUUGUUUGACAAAAGUGGAAAUGGAGAGGUGACAUUUGAAAAUGUCAAAGAAAUUUUUGGACAGACUACUAUUCAUCAUCAUAUCCCUUUUAACUGGGACUGUGAAUUUAUCCGACUGCAUUUUGGGCAUAAUCGGAAGAAGCAUCUUAACUACACAGAAUUCACACAGUUUCUCCAGGAGCUACAGUUGGAACAUGCAAGACAAGCCUUUGCACUGAAAGAUAAAAGCAAAAGCGGUGUGAUUUCUGGUCUGGAUUUCAGUGACAUCAUGGUUACCAUUCGGUCUCACAUGCUUACUCCCUUUGUGGAGGAGAAUUUAGUUUCAGCAGCUGGAGGAAGUAUCUCACAUCAGGUUAGCUUCUCCUACUUCAAUGCAUUUAACUCCUUACUGAAUAACAUGGAGCUUGUUCGUAAGAUAUAUAGCACUCUAGCUGGCACAAGGAAAGAUUUUGAAGUCACAAAGGAGGAAUUUUCCCAGAGUGCAAUACGCUAUGGACAAGUCACUCCACUGGAAAUUGAUAUCUUAUACCAGCUUGCAGACUUAUAUAAUGCUACAGGACGCUUGACUUUGGCAGAUAUUGAGAGAAUAGCACCAUUGGCUGAGGGGGCCUUACCUUACAACCUGGCAGAACUUCAGAGACAGCAGUCUCAUGGUUUAGGCAGGCCUGUCUGGCUCCAGAUUGCAGAGUCUGCUUACAGAUUCACUCUGGGCUCAGUUGCUGGAGCUGUGGGAGCCACCGCAGUGUAUCCUAUAGAUCUGGUGAAGACCCGCAUGCAAAACCAGCGUGGCACCGGCUCUGUUGUGGGGGAGCUGAUGUACAAAAACAGCUUUGACUGUUUUAAGAAAGUCUUGCGUUAUGAGGGCUUCUUUGGACUCUACCGGGGUCUGAUACCACAGCUUAUAGGGGUUGCUCCAGAAAAGGCCAUUAAACUGACUGUUAAUGAUUUUGUUCGGGACAAAUUCACCAGAAGAGAUGGCUCCAUUCCGCUUUUUGCAGAGAUCCUUGCUGGGGGUUGUGCUGGUGGCUCUCAGGUCAUCUUCACCAACCCACUGGAGAUAGUAAAGAUUCGCCUGCAGGUGGCGGGAGAGAUCACCACAGGACCCAGGGUCAGCGCCCUGAGUGUGCUGCGGGACCUGGGAAUUUUUGGUUUGUAUAAGGGUGCCAAAGCGUGUUUCCUCCGAGACAUUCCCUUCUCUGCCAUCUAUUUUCCUGUUUAUGCUCAUUGCAAACUACUUCUGGCUGAUGAAGAUGGACAUGUGGGAGGUUUCAAUCUCCUUGCAGCUGGAGCCAUGGCAGGUGUGCCUGCGGCUUCCCUGGUAACCCCUGCUGAUGUCAUCAAGACAAGACUGCAAGUGGCUGCCCGUGCUGGCCAGACGACAUACAGUGGUGUCAUCGACUGUUUCAGGAAGAUACUCCGGGAAGAAGGGCCCUCAGCAUUUUGGAAAGGGACUGCAGCUCGAGUGUUCCGGUCCUCUCCCCAGUUUGGUGUUACUUUGGUCACCUACGAACUUCUCCAGCGGUGGUUUUACAUUGAUUUUGGAGGCCUCAAACCCUCUGGCUCAGAACCGACACCUAAGUCACGCAUUGCAGACCUUCCUCCUGCCAAUCCCCAUCACAUCGGUGGAUACAGACUCGCCACGGCCACUUUCGCUGGCAUUGAAAACAAGUUUGGCCUUUAUCUCCCCAAAUUUAAAUCUAGUGUUCCUGUGGUUCAGUCAAAGGCAGUGGUAACAGCCCAGUGAUGAGACGAGCACCGUGUGGCAAAUCAGCCUCCUGAGAGAGAGGCCUGGGAGGGCAGCCGCGUGGUGCUGGCUGGGCUGAGGAGCCCAUAUGGCAUAUACAUAUACGUGUUUAUAAUCAUUUGCCAGGGGAAAAAAAGAAACCACAAUGCAGUUUCAAGCUUUAGUCUUACGUGUUGAAAUGUUUUCUGAGCUUUGGCAUGAAUUAGUGUUCUAGACUGCUUUGCACAGCUUCCCUUAGAAUGAGUGACUGUACAUAUUGUACAUCUUUGUACAGAGACAUCUCGGCACCUCAUCCCAACAAAUCACAUUUAUAGAAUGUAAUGCAGUUCUAGUGGCUUGAAAUGUACAGAAUGUUUUGAAAGUGUUUUAUUAAAAAUUACAUGGAAAUAAAUGUAUUACAAUUAAAUUCAUUCUCUUAUUGGUGACUUAGAGAAAUAAAGCAUCAAUAUUGGAUGUAUUUAAUUUCUAGCUUGUUUUCCAUUCUGGGAUAAAAAGGUAUUUGCUGAUAAAGAGGUAGAACAAGACCAAGCACUGACACUGCUGAGUGAGAGAUCCUCUGGAAAAGAUGCACGCCAGUGGGUAACAGAGGCCCAGGUGAAUGACUUGAGUGUGCUGAUGCGUUUCCGUUGUAUUGAAUGUGUGCGUAGAUUCUCCUCUGUUCAUCCUUUGAAAGGCUCCCCCCAGACAGCUCCUCUGCUGUCGGCGUGCACGUGGAAAGAGGGGUGUCUCCAGCACACCUGGCUUAGUUUUGCCUUCCUCUGACACAGCACGGCAAGGGGCUGGCUUUCAAAAGAGUAAUGGAUAUUUAGAAAUGUUCCUUCAUAUGGAUAUAAUUCCAAUCAAAAAUAAAAUAGACACCAGAAUAUAUGCAUGUAGUUGAAUUUUCCUUCAUAAAUAUACUGAUAGUGCCUUUUAUUUUGAUUCAUUACUGAUUCCAAAUAACUCAUGUUCAGGUUUCCCUCUCUCACACUGCUAUAGGAACAAGUUCAAUUUAGAAAGGGCUAUGGUGGAAAUGAGGGAAGGAAAGAAGAAAGAGAAAAGCUUAUUUUGUGAUCUAGUGGGGUAUAGUUUCUUCCUCAUGAAUCCAAAUGCAAACUACUUAUUCCAAAAGUCACUCACCAAGGGUGUGAUUACUAAUUUAGAUCUCAACAUGCAUCUUGACAGCCACGUCUACAUUUCAGUGUGGUUGUGAUUUGAUGUAUAGCAUCAAAUUUAUUUACUUUAGCAAACUGCUUUGGGAAAACAUCAUUGCUAUUGCCAGUGAGCUGGGACAUGGGGAUGUACACAAAUAUCUUCAAGGGGCGAGGCUGGAGAAAGACCAGGCCACUCAGUGUGCUACACAGCGCCCGUCAGGUGAUGCCUGGCAGUCCCGUGACCCAGCCACAGGCUCUCAAGGCCCUGCAGGAAUGAAAAAAUUAGCUUUGAAAGCAAAGUUUUCAGUCGUUCUCAGUGGAAUGGAAUAAAUAACAAUACAGUUGUUUUGCUAUUGUCACCUGACAAAAACAUGCAAGUAGUCCAUGGGUAAGUUCUUAAAAAAGAUUCACAUAAUACUAUGUGUGUUUAUGGAGUAAGACGAGGAAUUGCCUUCUUGCCCCAGAGUGCACUGCUGACAGGUUCGAGCAUCAAUCCGUAGUCUGUCUUUCAUCUGUUUAUACAUGUAAAUGUUUAGGUGUACAUAGUUAUGUGUUAAAAACAGGACUGUUUUAAAAUUUA